AUGUAUUUUCUUUCUGAAAUACCAUAUAACGAGCGAUGUGAUUUUAUUAGAAUUGGUAGACAAAUGAAUACUACAAAAGAUGAAAUAAUUAAACAACAAGAUAAAUACAUGAAUAAGUAUUCAGAAAUAGCCAAAAAACGGUAUGAAGAAUAUAAAACAAGUCAGGAUGAAAAAAAGACAAGAGACAAAGCAAGAUUAGAUAAAAUGGCUAAUAAAUUGUCUAAUGAAGCUAAACAAUUAUAUAAUAAAAUUUAUAGUGUUAUAAAUAAUAAUAAUGUUACUCUUUUUCAAGAAUAUGAACUUUGUCAUACAAUUAUAAAUGAAGCACCAUUUAAAAAUGUUGUUGAAGCAAGUUUUUUGAUACCUGCAAAAUAUUAUGCUGAUGAGUAUGAUGGUCACUUCAUUUUUCACAUUCAUGAUGAACCAUUAGGAUGUUACAAUUGUUAG